AUGUAAUUCUUUCUCCCAAAUAUUCUCCUGAUUUUGAUCUCCUGUCAUCAGGGCGGUGGUAUCCUACACGCUACGCUUUCCUACAUCUUGUAGUGUAUAGAUAACCCCCCCAAUAAUUAGCACUCAUAAAAUCAUUACAUAUAUAUACCUUCCUUUAGCAUCAACUCAUCGAAAAAGCUCUUCCCUAAAGAAAAGUUGCUACUUCUCCAUUCAGCAUUCUCAUUUCUAUCCACAUGGCUGCUUCUCCUAUCUCAUCAGAAAGCAACAAACUAGAGGGUGGUAUUGGGGAGAAAACCUUUCCAGUUCAUGGAAACGUUCUGCAGAAGCAUGUUGCUUUCUUUGACUUGAAUCAAGAUGGUGUUAUUUACCCAUGGGAAACUUUUAAAGGAUUACGUCAAAUAGGAAGCGGGAUCUUGUUGUCGACAGGUCUUUCUCUUUUCAUCAAUUUGGGUCUCAGUCAGAGUACUCGUCCGGGAAAGUUCCCAUCUCUGCUUUUCCCGAUUGAAGUUAAGAAUAUCAAACUCGCCAAACACGGAAGUGACACAGGAGUUUAUGAUGCUGAAGGAAGGUUUGUUCCUUCCAAAUUUGAAGAAAUUUUCAACAAACAUGCACACACACAUCCAAAUGCUUUAACAUAUGAUGAACUAAAGGAGAUGAUAAAGGCGAACAGAGAGCCUAAGGAUCUCAAAGGAAGGAUUGGUAGCUUGGUUGAAUGGAAGGUUCUUUACAAACUUGCCAAAGACAAGAAUGGUUUACUGCAGAAAGAAACUAUCCGAGGCGUUUAUGAUGGAAGCUUGUUUGAAAUACUGAAAAAUGAACAUUCCGCAUACAAGAAGUAAUUCAACCUUUCAACAGUUGAUAAUAAUUAAUUUAGUUUUUAGACACAUAAUGUAUUGUAAAACAAAAAGUUAUUCCACGUAGAAAAGUUUAUUUA